AAAACCUCGUCUGUUUAAGGUUUUAGCUUCAUUGCUUUUUUUUUUUUAGGGUUUUUUUUAUAAAUAAAUAAAAAUUUAUUUGAUUGAUAGUGUUGGGAAUUGGGGAAAGAAAUGAGUGAAACUGAAGAAAGUAUGCAAAGAGUACAAACCCGUGUUUCUUUUGAUCAUAUUGAUACACAGAAGUUGAAUGCGAGCCAGUUUCGUACCCAAACCCGACAGUUUUCUCAGAAUUUUAAUGUUGAAAACGGCGGUAAAAGAGUUGGAAUGCCUCCGGCUCAUCCGCAAAUGCAGCCAGCUGAGGGGAUGCAGAAUUUGAGUCUAGGGAACGGGUCUACGAAUUUAAGAACUUUGACGCAACCGUUGUUUUAUUCAGGUGAUUCUUUGCCUCCUUUGAGCCCGUCUUCGUAUAGGGACUCUGGUUCAGGGUCUGCGUCUGAACAAGUGGUGGGUGAUGUGAGUCUUCCCCCUAGGAAGUCACAUAGGCGGUCGAAUACUGAUAUUCCGUUUGGGUAUUCGACGAUCUUGCAGUCGUCGCUGCCUUUGAUUCCGUUAAGGGGUUCUAAGGGGUUUGAUGGGUCUGCAAUGCCAUUGCAGUAUGUGAAACGGGAGCCGACUUGGGAGAAAACUGGUGGUGAGAGCAAUGGUGAAGGGACGGGAGAGAGGAAAUCGGAAGGUGAAGUGGUGGAUGAUAUGUUUACUAAUUAUAUGAACUUGAACAAUCUUGGUAGAUUGAAUUCUUUUAGAGUGGAAACGGGUGAAGAUCUUGAUAGUAGAGCAAGUGGUACAAAGGCGAAUGGAGGUGAUUGCAGUGAUAAUGAAGCUACAAGUAGUGUAAUUGGAAGUGGUAAUAAUAUGCAGAGGUUGGGAAUGUGUUCGGUUUCUGAUAAAAGAGAAGGGAUCAAAAGGAGUGCAGGUGGAGAUGUUGCUCCAACAACAAGGCACUAUAGAAGUGUAUCUAUGGAUAGCGUUAUGGGAAAAAUGAACUUUGCUGCCGAUGAAGCCCUUAAGCUGCCACCUUCUCCCGGUGGCCAAGUUGGUAGAUUGCUGUCAAGUGAUUCAGUUGAUGCGAAUUCAGAUACGUUUAGCUUGGAGUUUGGAAAUGGAGUGUUUAAUAGUGCCGAGCUCAAGAAAAUCAUGGCUAAUGAGAACCUUGCCGAGAUGGCUUUGGUCGAUCCAAAGAGAGUCAAAAGGAUUUUGGCGAAUCGUCAAUCAGCUGCUCGUUCCAAAGAGAGAAAGAUGCGUUACAUCACAGAAUUGGAAAACAAGGUUCAAACUUUACAGGCUGAAGCAACUACGUUGUCUGCCCAGCUGACAUCUCUGCAGAGAGAUUCAAGCAGCUUAACAAGCCAAAAUAACGAGCUAAAGUUUCGCCUGCAAGCAAUGGAACAGCAAGCCCAACUCCGGGAUGCUCUGAACGAUACUUUAACUGCUGAGGUCCAACGCUUGAAGAUCAUGAGGAUGGAACUAAGCGGAGAUGCUGUUAACUUUUCUCAGCUAUCAAUCAAUCCUCAAAUGUUUCAGUUACAUCAUCAGCAGUCUCAACAACAAAAUGGUGGUUCAACAGCUACCCACGAGUCUAAUCAGUAGAUCGUUUCAGUUGGGGCUUUGAUAGGUUUAUAAAGUAUGCUUAUACUCAUAGCUAUACUGGUGACAAGUUUCUUUAUUCGUUUGUUCUUUGCAUAUCUCGAAAGAGGUCAAGCUGGGUGGUUAGAUGUAGAGGGCAACAUAUGCUGAUUGGAUGGGGUUAGGUUGGUAACAGAUCAAAACAAGUCUAAUUUAGGUAUGGAUCAGUGCCGUUGGGUUCACCUAAGAAAACUUUUUUGUUCAUUUCUUUUAUUUAUGAUAAAUAAUAAUGUAUUAUAGAAA